AUGGCCAGCAACGACGAAUUCGAGCCGGACUCUCGUCAACGCAACUACAGAGCACCCUACACCUCCCGACACCCUAUCCCUACCGUCCAAAAAUACAAAGCCGAGCGAAGUGAGUUGAAAAGUCAACAGGACGAAGCCGAGUCCGCUCAGCACGACGAAGAAGAUGACUCCAAGGUGAAACGAGCCUACCAUGCCGCCAAAGGCGUUAUUACCGGUGACGAGCCUCCAAAGUCCAUGCAUGAUCCGUACAAGACAGAGAAUCGAAACCUUCAAGGCGCAGGCUCCCACACCGAACCACGACAAAGACCUGAGGACUCAGGAGACGAGGAUGUGGAGGAACAACAACAAGAACGUCCACCCUCACAAGAUACAAAGUCUGGCACGCAUAGUAAGCGAGACGGAAAGCCGGACAACGAGGGCAAAUCAGCAACCGAAGCUGUGGCUGGCGAGAUCGACCCCAGAAAAAAGAGGAAAGCCAUGAAACACCAGGAUCGCAAUGACGGGGGAAGAGAGGUGACGGACCCGGUCACGCAUCUUCCAAUAGUCAUCAGAGACUCGACAAGGAAGGAUCUCAAGCGAGCGGAUGAAAAUCUACCCGCUGUUGGCGAAAGGCCAGAGACCCAAACAGGGGUUGCGGGAGCAAGUAAAUCGUCCGAGACUCUCGAUCGGGAAAAGGACGAAAUACAGAAGAAACACAACGGGAUGCAGAAGCUAUUCCCGCCUCCCAGCUUUGACGACUUGAAAAGUGAAUUGAUAAAGACGUAUCGGAUCGCUCUCGCGGCUGGGUUGGGCAGUAUAGUCCUCCUGGUUUCUUUCUCGAUGGUGGCUGUACACCUCUUUGGCAUGGACUUUUCCCGUCAUGACAGCAGAAGGCACUCAAGUUCGUUUUUCAUGUUCAUUCCACCCACGACGAUUUUCCUGGCCUCUGUCGGCAUUGGGGGAGUAGUGGUUUGGGCUGUUCAGGGUUGGUUAGGCAAGAAAGUCGAGGAGGUAUGGAAAGACGAAGUGUGGGAUGCCGCACGGUCUGAGGAGCUCGAGGCAACUGAUUCGAAUGAUAUUGUUCCCGAGUCCGUGUCCUGGUUGAACAACUUACUCGCGGCUGUAUGGCCGCUGAUCAACCCGGAUCUGUUCACUAGCAUUUCUGACAUGCUCGAAGACGUGAUGCAAGCUUCCUUACCGAAAGUCGUGCGCAUGGUCAGCGUAGACGACCUUGGACAGGGCAGUGAAGCGUUUCGAAUUCUCGGAAUUAAUUGGCUGCCAACGGGAGCUGCCAGUCAGAGCGUUGCUUCGGAUGGGAAGCUCAAAUCUCCAAACAGUGAGGGCAAGAGCGAUAGGUCAGCUCCUGGUGGAGGUCAGAUUGAGGAUGGGGAUGAUGCCAGCGAUGAUAACGGAAACGUUGAUGAAGAGAACAGUCACAACAAAAAGCAAGAUGAGACGGAGCAGCAGGCUAUUCGCGAAGGCAUGGAAGCCGAGCAAGGCGACUUUGUCAACAUGGAGCUUGCAUUUGCGUACCGCGCGAGAUCGUCGGGGAAGUCCCUGAAAGCAAAGGCAAAGAACGCUCAUCUGUACCUGAAGUUCUACUUACCUGGAGGCAUCGCUGUACCUGUCUGGGUGGAGUUGAGAGGCAUCAUCGGCACGAUGAGGUUGCGAUUACAGCUCACACCAGACCCACCUUUCUUCAGUCUUUGUACCCUGUCGUUUAUGGGACAACCGCAGGCGGAUUUGUCCUGUGUGCCACUGUCAAGGCAUGCGCUUAAUCUGAUGGAUGUUCCGUUGAUCUCCUCCUUUGUGCAAUCCUCGAUCGAUGCAGCGUUGGCGGAAUACGUCGCGCCAAAGAGCUUGACGCUGGACCUGAAAGACAUGCUGGUUGGUGACGACUUCAAGAAGGACACAAUCACCCGAGGCGUGGUCAUGAUUUUCAUCAAGUCUGCAAAAGGCUUCAAAGAAGGUGACGGGGGUAUUGGUCCGUUUGAAGGAUCGAGCGAUUCGUACGUGACGGUAUCGUGGGGCAAAUUCGGCAAGCCGGUUGCGUCGACCAGGAUCAUUGUCGAUGACCAAGAGCCGGCGUGGCACGAAUGGUCACAUAUCCUGGUCACACCGGAGGAGGUGAACGCGGAUGAGAAACUCCGUUUGCAACUUUGGGAUUCGGACAAAUACACCGCUGACGACGAUUUGGGACGAGUUGAGGUCGACUUGAAGGAACUCAUGCAUAGCACCAAAUUCAAGAACAAGAUGUGCGACCGAGAAGACCGAUUCGUUGGCGAAGAUCCUGACGAGAAGAUGCCUGGGACUUUACAGUGGAAGGUUGGCUACUUUAGCAAGAUCAAGAUCACCGAAGAACAACUCAAAAAACAGACGGCCGAGCCGGAUAUCAAGACUGAAGCCGACCUGCGCGCCAAAGCAAGCGAGGAGGCGCAACGCAAAUUGCGGGAGGCCACGGCGAAGGACGAGAGCAAGGAAAUCAAACAGCAGACAUUGGAAGAUUACAAGGACCACGAAGACCAGUUGAUGAUUUCGUCCCCUCCACCUGAUGACUAUCCGAGUGGGGUCUUCAGCAUUCAGAUCCACAACAUCACAGGACUCGAGGUGCAGAAGCUGCAAAAGAAGGACAAGAAGAAGAAUGAGGGAGACCGUGAAGACGAGGCGGAGCACAGUGAGGACAUGCCCAGCAGUUAUGCCACCAUCAUCUUGAAUCAUCAGAAAAUUUACCGGACGCGGACCAAGCCCAAGAACGCGAAGCCGUUCUUCAAUGCCGGCACCGAGAGGUUCGUGGCUAACUGGAAGACGGCAGAGGUCAUGAUUAGUGUCCGUGACGAUCGCGAGCGUGAAAAUGAUGCACUUCUUGGUAUGAUCUACCUGCCUCUGCGACGUGUUUUCGAGAAGAGAAGCCAGGUGAUGCAGACGUACCCUCUUGUUGGAGGGAUCGGCUACGGCCGAGCACGUAUCAGCAUGGUCUGGCGUAGUGUGGAUCUGCACCUGCCGAAGGAGCUGAUGGGUUGGAACUACGGUACUCUGGAGGUCAAAUGUCCCGUUCGGUCAAAGGGAGGCGGUGACGACAACUCUUACACGCAGCACCGGAUCAAGUUGAGAACGAAUCUGAUGAGGGCGAAGAUGCUCCCUGCCGGAGACGGAGGCAAAGGGGUCUGGAAACCCAAGCGUGACAAACAAUCGGUGUUCUUGGCCGUUCGAAAGAGAUAUUCAAGUGCGUUGGUCGUGGAGUUUCGCAAGAGCGUCCUGGGCCCAGACACGACGAGCCAGUUCGCCGUGUUUUGGUUGAAGGAUAUCCCCGACGAAGAGGAAGUGACUGUAUCUGUGAAGGUGUGGAAGGGUGGAAAGAAGGCCAUCCACCGCGCAACGACGAGCUAUGGGUAUGAGGGACAAGACCAUGAAGAGCCCUUGGGAGAGAUUGAGUUGACCUUGAAAAUGUGGAGGGGACUGAGUGGUUACCACAAGAGCUACGCCAAUCGUGCGUCGAACACUGAUAUCAAAGAUGUCAUGGAAGUUCUGGAUACGGCCAACGACGAAGGGCAGGUACCCGAUGACGAAGAUGGGGAGGGAGAUUCUUCAGGGUCUAGUUCGGAUCCAGAUUCAGGUUCGGAUUCGACGGAAUCGGGAGGAGGAGGACGAGAUACAGAGAGCGAUCGUGACGAGGGACGACGACAACGACAACAGAGGCGACGUGGCAGGAACAAGAAGCUCCGAACUCACGCAAACGACGAUAGCUCGGACGCAGAUAGCGAUGCCGGGAAGACUUCAAAUUCCAAGCUGGACCCGACACAUCUUGCGAGCAAGCCCUUGGAGAAGGUGAAGGAUGUGGCGGAGAAGGUGUUCGACGUCGACGGGCACAACGACCAAGACGACGGGUCGAGAGGUGCGAGGGCACAGGUCAGGGACUACAAGGACCACCAUAGACAGAUGCACAGGAAACAUAGGGGCGUGAUGCAGUGGAAAGGGGCAAGGACACUCGACUGGAUGGCGGGGAAAGUGAAGCGUGGAAAGGGGAGAAUCGGGGAGGUGUUCGAGCACAACGACGACGAUAAGUCCGGAGGCGUUGAGACCGAGGUGUGA